GCAGUUGGUCAUGAUUCACAUAACCCAUUGGUGUUACUUGUUCAUUGUUGUGCUUGUACUGUAUGCCGUAUCGGUAUUGACAUGAUUGAUUAUUUGGAGUAAACGCAAGUAAAACAAGCAACCAUUGUUGCACUGUGGCAUAUCAGUGACAUGACAUUUGCAACUCGAGAUUGUUGAAGCAACUGCACAUAGAUAUCCAUGCCAACGGCCAAGAACGGUAUAAAGAUUUCUUGAAAGUCUACGCUGCGAUGAUCCGUCCAAGGUGAUGCGACGUACUUCGGCCGUAACUUCCGCGAUGUGUAUUCUUCAAAUUUCAUAAUGGAUACUUGAAGGCCUUGUGGUUCCUCAAACAAUAUCUGGAGGUUUCACUUUUUAUUAUCAAAUGAUGACCUUGCACUGACCUCUGGCCAUUCCCACAAUGCUCGAUCCAUCCCUUCCCUGGCUAGCCACUGGCUACCGCAACUUCAAGGAAAAGGAAUUUUGCCGGCCACAUUCAGCAACAGACUCUGCGCACCAUAGAUACCUGGAAAAUGGUAGUAAUCAUCGGGAGCUACGCCCCACCACACCCGCCCAGCACCAGCAUCGGCGGGUCAAGAGUGCAACUUAUGGGCGUGUCCACAGUGGCACCCCCACAAUCAAACACAGACUUUCGUCACGACCCCGUAGCGCUCGUUCUACCGAGAACUUCAAGAACGAGAAAGUGGGCUGUUAUAACUUUUCACCCGAGACCAUCCAAGCAUUAGCGAGACGGCCAAAGAGUGCAUCUGCAGUGUUGCUGCGGCAUCAUAGACCUUCUGCAGCUCAAAAUAAAAGUGUGACACAAGUUGAACGUUUUCACCACACGCAACAGCAGAUUAUUAGAAAAUAUGAGAAAGUGACAGGAGAAGAAAUCCAGCAUUCAUGCGCCUUCUGUCCAGUUACAUGUCGACCAACGUCAAGUAGUUCAAACAGGCCGACAUCAUCGACAGGGCUGCUGGCAGCUCACUUACCGUCUCACCAUGAUAGGCGAUACAACUGGACAAGGCCCAAGACAGCACCUACAACUAAACGAGAGGUGUCAAGUCUUCCCAGGCAUAAUAAUGUUCGAAGAGGGAGGGUACCAUACUACACAAACUUUGUCUCCCAAAUUCCCCUCCAUCUACGAGACCGCACCCCAUCUCCUCCACCUUCCAGAAGGAGACGGGCCUUCCAGGAGGAGUUACCACCUCAACCAGUAGUAGAUGAUGAGGAAGAAGAGGUGGUGGAGGAAGUAGAAGAUGAUUUCUUGGAGGAGGACAUCAACAUUGAAGAAGAUGAUAUAGCAGAGCCAGUUGAGGAAGCACCCAGUCCACCCCCUCCCCCAGCCAAAGUGGAAGAAGAACCUAAGCUGGAGCCUCCAUCAGAGGCGAUGGAAGCCUGGAGUCCGGAAAUACCAGCUCCAACACCAACUCCUUCAGGAUCAAGAAGGAAUUCUGAACUAGAGCCACCUGCAAUCGAAAACCCCCCAUCACCCAUACCAAGCCCUCCUUCUUCCCCAAUCCCACCGCUGCCACAAGAAAAGCCAUCGUCCCCACCGCCAACCAAGUCCCCCACACCACCACCCCCAAAGCGCCCCUCCCCACCUCCCAAAUCCCCUACCCCUCCUCCACCAGUUGAACUAUCUAUAAAACCCCCAAGAGAGUGUGUCCAUAAACCCAAGCCUCCUGUCCCACCCUUGCCGAAGGUCAAGAAAGAGGUAAGGAUAGAAGAGCCACCCAAGGAUCCACCCAAAGAGAAGAUAGUUGUGAAGAAGGAGAAAAAGCCCAUUCAGAUUGUGUCCAAGAGUCCGCCAGUGCAACCACCAGCACCUGUGCCUCUCAAACCAUCUCUGAAGAAGACUCCUGAGCCCAAGAUAGAAGAAGUGACCCCACCAGUAAAGAUGGAACCACCUCCAUUACCUACCCUUGAGCCUGAGCCUGAACCUGCUGUGGAACCACCUGCCAAACCCUCUCCUAAUGAAGACACCAAGGUGGAGGAAGAGAAGGUGCCAGAGAAAACAGAUGAUGGCUCUCCCAACACUGAGGAUGUUGCAGAAAAGAAGAAGCUCGGCCCACCACCAACCAAGAUCAAGGUUGACAUGUUUGGGAUGGACCCUCAGUCUAUAAAACAAUUACUUGACCUCCAGAUGAGAGCGAAGCGGAAGGGUGGCAACCUCGAUGAUGAAAAUGAACAACCACGCCCAGAUUUGGCUAGUCUACUGGAACCAACCAACCGGAUGCUAAAACAGAGUGACUGGUUGAGGGGUCGUAUCGCCCUCUCUAGACGAGCAGCCAGGUUUGAACUUCCAAUGGACGUGGGUGAUUUGGCUGAAAUGUCUCCUGUAGACUACCUUCGUAGGCACUGCAUCAUCAGUCAACGCAGGAGGGCGCUAUAUAAGAAAGCAUUUGUGAAGGUGGAUAAGGACAACGAUGGGAAAAUAAAUCGAAAGGAACUCGAGAAGGCAGUACUCGAUGCUCUUGUAGACACCAUCCAACCUGAUAAGGUAGAGGUCGCUCUCGGUUACCUUGGUGUGGAGGGCGAUACAGUAUUCAACACUCGAUUCUUUUCCACCUUCUGUGCACUUCUUGAGAGGCUCUACUACAGAGAGUUUACGAAGGACGAUGUCGUAGAAAAGACAGACACCAAGGAGAAGGAGAUCCUGGAGGAAGCAGAUUUUUCUGGUUUGGACUGGAAACUCCAUGGCCAGUAUGUAAACCCACCCCUGAAGGCACUUCUCUACAUGCUAUGAUAACAGGAAUUGUUUUCAAGGAGAGAGAGCUUUACCUCCAAACUAGUUCAUACCAGGAGACCAUCUUUCAUAGAGUUGUGUUGGAUGCAAUCAAACUCAAGUAGAAGUUCAUCUCAAUUCCUGUCUCUUAAUAGCACAACUUGAGAUCAAUAUUGGUUUGAAUUUGAUUUUGAUUUCUGGCAGGUCUUGGAAGACUGGUCACAGAUUGCAGCUGAAUAUUCUGGUUCUAACUGGGUAAACCUAUUUCUGAUGAAAUUUGCCAUUUUAUGUUUACUGCCUUGUAAACGUUGCCUUUUGUUUGCAGCAGACAGUGAUGCAGAAACGUUCUGAUCAAGCAAAGGUUUGGGGGCGUGCUAUGGUAUGUGCACGUUAACAAAUGAUUGUCGCUGAAAAUCUCUAUAUGCCUGCUCAGAAAAUUACUGUACCACUAUCUGAAAAGGUUUAUUUUCUGAGGCCAAAAAUGCUCCUUUUGGAGAUCUGCAUAUGAAAUAUGGGCCUCAAAACUUAACCAGAACCUAGAGAUGAUUCUACCCUUCACGUUGUUUUCAAUUAAACACCCAAUCAUUAUCCUACUUUCAUAAGCUUACAGAUAAGUGGAAGUUGCGGGAAAGUCUCUUAUGAUCGAGAAGUAUAUCAUGAAAAAUGGUCCACUACAAAAGAUCUUUAAAGAGCAUGCUUUUAAAUGCCCUUGUAUUGAAAUUACAAAUUAUAACAGGUGGCCAAUGUGGGCGUAGUCCCACACAUGCUUAUCUUUGUGCAGUGCAUGUGACCUUUGGAUGAAUUAAGUAAAAUUGUUAUCAUUUUGGGAUUCCAUGUGUUACAGCAAAACCCAGUUCUUAGGUGCAUUAUUGACAGCCUUUCAUAUCACUUUUAAACAGUUUUGUCCUUGCUCAUUAAAAUUCACAAGCCAGAACUAAAGUUUAUUUUUAACCCAAACCUGUAAAGAAAUUAAUUAGGCAGGGGCAGUUGUCGCAGGAGGGAGUGUAGGAUUUCACUGGUGAUACAAUGGUGGAUACCAAUGAUAACAAAAUUAAACAAAGUUACCAUAAUAGUAACAUUUUGUGCAACAGCUAAGGUUUCUUGAAUGUUGUGAAGAAGUGGUGACUAUAAAUAGUCAUUUUUACUUUCCAAAACGUGUGCUACAGGGCUGCAUUACACAAAUACAUUAUCUGUAAAAAUUUGCUCAAACAUGCAAACAUUAUGUGGAAAUCUACAUGCAUUUCAAAGGUAUGAGAUUUGAAAAUAAUGCCCAGGUCCUUGAUCUUUCCCCAAAUAUGUUACCAAUACAAGUUUGAUUGCUAUGACGGUUACCUUAGAAAUAUUGCUUCUUGGCGAAAUAACAAUGCUCCACUUUUUGUGAUGUUAUUGACAUAUUAUCAUUGAUAAUAUAUAUAUAUUUUAAAUUGUAUUUGUGUUUUGAACAGGGUCAAUGUUUCACAAGACUGUGUGAUAGAUGUUGAAUGUAAACAAGGGCAUACAAACAAAAAGAGAAUUUGUAGUUUUCACUGAUCAAAUGUAUUGUAAUGUAUAUUUUUAUGCAAGUCUUCAGGGUCUAAGAUGCCAGGUAGCACAAAAUAUUGUCUUGCCUUAAUUAAUAAUAUUGUAUGUUUUUUAAUAUGUUGGCAGCCACUAUUCUCUUUGCUCUUUUAUUUGUUUGUUCUGAGAUUUUCAUUUUAAUAAAUGAUGCUUUGAUCAUCAUCAUCAUUGUUAUCAUUAAUAUUGUCAUUAUCUAUAUUAUUUUUGCAAUUACAAUAUAUACCCAAUAAAAUGAUGAUGUAUUUGUCACCAUUACCUUUACAAACCACCAAUAUUAUGCCAAGGAACUAAAAGAUUACAGAUUGCCUUCCAUGAACAUCAAAUGACUAUGAUGAUUCAUACCCAACUUCACAGUGUAUUUUUCAUUGUUUUAUUAAAAUGUAUGUCUCAGAACUAUUUUACAGCAAUAUAGUAUUUUAGUUGCCCCCCUCCCCCCACUGUGCAACUGACUUCUUUUAAGGACAGCCACCCCUUUCAAGCACAAAUGGAUGACAUUGAAAUUUUUGCGGUGUCUUGAAAAUGUUGUGAUACUCUUAUUUUGUGAUGUCUUCUUUGCUAUUGUCAUUUGAGAUUACUUGCACAGUCAUUCUAGAAUAAUUCCUUCAUGUAUUAACUCUAUUUGUAAUCAACUCAAAGUUUAAGAAAAAUUAGUACUUUUUAGUCAGGAAUUUAGUCAUGUAUUACAGAAUACAGUACUAUUUUGUUUGUAUUUUGAUUCAGUAGUGGUUAGACCAUGCUGUGUUAGGGCAUUGUUAGUGUGGUCAAUGGUAAGUUGGAAUUCUAAUGGGUAAAAUAGUGUAUUAUUUUUAUUUGGUUAUCAUUUAAUGAAAUUAUGCUUUAUUAUGUAUAGUGUGAAAGAACUCGAGUCUUUACUUCUUUACAAAAGUACUAUUUCCAUCUCGUUUUGUCACAUUAACUUUUAAAUUGUUCAAAUCAUUAAUAAUUGAAUAUUUGUUCAUUUGAAUAAUUUUAUAUUGUAUUUUCGAUUUUAAGUCAGUUAUUGUGGAACGGAAUUAUGCUAAAAGUUGCCAUUCUUUAAAGACAAGUUGAUGUUUCAUGUUUGUGUGAUGCAAUGAUUCUAGCCGUCCAUACAAGAUUGUGCUGUUGUGAGUGCAUGAAAUAUGCACUGCUUUAAUAAAUUAAUUUAUUUUGAAACUGUA